AUGCCUCAAAUCUCCAGUCCUACACUGCCAGCUUGUCCUCUUGCAGUUGAUCUCACUCUAUCACAAUUUUCUGACAUCCCCACUACUUCCAAACCUGCCAUAAAUACACAUCCUAUGCAAACUAGAACUAAAGCAAGUGCCUACAAACCAAUUACUUUCACUAAAACAGGUGCUCCUAAAACCACUACUCUUCUCAUCACUGGAAAAUCUCUUGUCCAUUCUGAACCCUCUUCAGCAAGAGAAGCUCUUGCUAGUGACCAUUGGAAAGAGGCAAUGCAACUUGAGUAUGAUACCCUUGAAAAGAACAAUACAUGGAUCAUGGUUCCUUUCUCUUCCGACAUGCAUAUAGUGGGAAACAAAUGGGUUUUUAGGACACAAUAUCAUGCUGAUGGUUCAUUGCAGAAGUACAAAGCCAAGCUUGUUGCUAAGGGCUUUCAAUAA